CCGACACCCCCGUGGUGGCGGAGGGGGGGCGGCAGGAGUGGCUUUUGUCCCUCAUCCUUGUUUACUCGGAGAAACUUCAGACCGGACGUGUUUAGUCAGAGCAGAAACGCAUCUCGGGGCCAAAGCGAUAGGAAACUGUGGCCUCUCCCGGCCCGAGCCCAGCGCCGCCUCCGCCCUCCCGAGCAAAGUUUGAUGCGAAGACGGGGUGCUCUCCAAGCUGGAAAAUCAACUAAACAUGGGCAAAGGAGAUCCUAAGAAGCCGAGAGGCAAAAUGUCCUCAUAUGCAUUCUUUGUGCAAACCUGCCGGGAGGAGCACAAGAAGAAGCACCCAGAUGCUUCUGUCAACUUCUCAGAGUUCUCCAAGAAGUGUUCAGAGAGGUGGAAGACCAUGUCUGCUAAAGAAAAGGGGAAAUUUGAAGAUAUGGCAAAGGCUGACAAGGCUCGUUAUGAAAGAGAAAUGAAAACCUACAUCCCCCCCAAAGGGGAGACCAAAAAGAAGUUCAAGGACCCCAAUGCACCCAAGAGGCCUCCUUCGGCCUUCUUCUUGUUUUGUUCUGAGUACCGCCCCAAAAUCAAAGGCGAGCAUCCUGGCUUGUCCAUUGGUGAUGUUGCAAAGAAACUAGGAGAGAUGUGGAACAACACUGCAGCGGAUGACAAGCAGCCCUAUGAGAAGAAAGCUGCCAAGCUGAAGGAGAAGUACGAGAAGGAUAUUGCUGCCUACAGAGCUAAAGGAAAACCUGAUGCAGCGAAAAAGGGGGUAGUCAAGGCUGAGAAGAGCAAGAAAAAGAAGGAGGAGGAAGAUGAUGAGGAGGAUGAAGAGGAUGAGGAAGAGGAGGAGGAAGAGGAAGACGAAGAUGAAGAAGAAGAUGAUGAUGAUGAAUAAGUUGGUUCUAGCGCAGUUUUUUCUUGUCUAUAAAGCAUUUAACCCCCCUGUACACAACUCACUCCUUUUAAAGAAAAAAAUUGAAAUGUAAGGCUGUGUAAGAUUUGUUUUUAAACUGUACAGUGUCUUUUUUUGUAUAGUUAACACACUACCGAAUGUGUCUUUAGAUAGCCCUGUCCUGGUGGUAUUUUCAAUAGCCACUAACCUUGCCUGGUACAGUCUGGGGGUUGUAAAUUGGCAUGGAAAUUUAAAGCAGGUUCUUGUUGGUGCACAGCACAAAUUAGUUAUAUAUGGGGACAGUAGUUUGGAUUUUGUUUUUUUUUUUUUUCCCCUUUGGUUUUAUUUUUGGGUUUUGUUUUUUUUUUUUUU